ACAAGUUAAUUGUACUUACAUUGCCUAAUACUAAAUUGUGAAUGUGAUAAAGACCCCAUCCCGGCAAACCUAAGGCCGCUGUGAUAAUGAAAGCGCUGGGCAGGAUUUCGUACCACAUUUUCACAAAUUAUCGGACUAAGCAAAGUAGAAACAAUUUCGUAAUUCGAAUGACAGUAAACUGUGUGUUACCAGAGCUACCACCAAAAUCCUCCCAGCUGAUAGAACAGUGUGACCAACCAAUGAAAAGCACAGUUAUCGGGUCAUCAAAAAUGGCAGACGCACCGAUCGACUGUGAUUUCCCCGUUUGGGGAUUAAUGCCGAAAAAAGAAACGGGAGUUGUAUCAUUUAUCACCAAAAAUCCAAUUUAUGAUGGAAGAGAUACUGUUAUUGCUAUUUUCGACUCCGGCGUCGAUCCAGCGGCUACUGGACUUACGGUAACCAGUACGGGUGAAACAAAGGUUAUUGAGAGGUACGACUGCAGUGGCUGCGGCGAUGUGGACACUAGUACUGUCAUUAAAAAAGUGUCUGAUGGGUGCAUUACCGGUCUCACGGGCCGCAAACUGAAGAUCCCAGAAAAUUGGAAGAAUCCUUCAGGAACAUGGAGAGUGGGUAUCCUACACCCAUUUAGUAUAUACCCAACAAAACUGAAGGAGCGCAUGCAAGAGCAUCGCAAGGAACAUAGCUGGGACAUUGGGUACAAGCCAGCUUUUGCUGAAGCUAAUAAGCAAUUGCAAGAUUUUGAAACUGACGUUGUGUACAAGAGUGUAGUAUUGAGCCCAGAGGACAAAAUCCAAAAGGAGGAGUUGGAAGCCAGGGUGGAGGUGUUGCAUACUGCGGAGAAGAAGUACAAUGAUGUCGGACCUACUUAUGACUGUGUGCUGUUCAACGAUGGAAGUGUGUGGAGAGCAUGCAUUGACACUUCAGAAUGCGGCGACCUGGCCUCAGGUCCGUUCCUGGGCGAGUACAGCGUCACCCACGAACACACGCACCUUACACCUUUUGACGAGAUGACAGUCAGCAUCAAUGUCCAUGAUGACGGACAAACUCUUGAGGUCGUUGGCAUGUGCUCUACGCACGGCACACACGUAGCCGCUAUUGCAUCAGGCUACUUCCCCGAUGAACCGGAGCGUAAUGGCGUGGCCCCCGGUGCCAAGAUCGUCUCCCUCACCAUCGGAGACAGUCGCCUGGGAUCCAUGGAAACUGGCACGGCGCUUGUACGAGCUUGCAUUAAGGUUAUGGAACUGUCCAAGAAGUUUAAGAUAGAUGUCAUCAAUAUGAGCUAUGGAGAACAUGCGCAUUGGUCUAAUGCUGGUCGUAUCGGCGACAUAAUCUGCGAGGUGGUGAACCGAUACAACGUGUCGUGGGUGGUGUCGGCCGGGAACCACGGGCCCGCGCUCUGCACCGUCGGGGCCCCGCCCGACAUCGCGCAGCCUAUUCUUAUUGGCGUGGGUGCGUACGUGUCCCCGGAGAUGAUGUCUGCGGCGUACUCGAUGCGGAGCCGCGUGUGCGGCGGCGCCUUCAGCUGGUCGUCCCGCGGGCCGGCCGCCGACGGCGCCGCCGGCGUCACGCUCUGCGCGCCCGGCGGGGCCGUCGCCGCCGUCGCCAGAUUUACUCUAAGAAAUUGUCAGCUAAUGAACGGAACAUCGAUGGCAGCGCCUCAUGUUGCGGGUGCAGUAGCUAUGCUUGUAUCUGGAUUGAAAGCGAAGAACCUCGCAUACUCUCCGUACUCCAUCAAACGUGCGUUGGAGAACUCUGCCUCUUACUUGUCACAUGUCGAGCCCUGGGCACAGGGCUGUGGACUGCUCAAUGUUGAGAAGGCCUUCGACCUGCUGGGCGAAUACUCGACCUCCCCAGAACGUGACGUGACAUUCAGUAUCCAGUGCGGACCGAGCAAUGCCAAGGGAAUACUACUGAGACCGCGGGUUGAUGAUGUACCCAAAGACAUCGGCAUUACCGUCGAACCACACUUCCUACAGGACCAUAACGACAUGGAGAACAAGUCAGUAAUUCCGAAGCAGAUCGCGUUCGGCAUGCGCCUGGCUCUGUCCUGCGACGCCGCCUGGCUCUCCUGUCCGCAGUACUUGGACAUGAUGAACGCAGCCCGGCCUUGGACUGUACGCGUCGAUACCACCGGCCUUCAACCUGGACCACAUUUUACUAGUAUCGUGGCGUACGACGUGUCAGCGGUGUCGAAGGGCCCGGUGUUCCGCGUCCCGGUGUCAGUGUUCCAGCCCGAGCCACUGCCGCUCACUGGCGCCGCGCCGCCCGCGCUCACUGCCAAGGACGUACUCUUCCAACCUGCCACCAUCGUCAGGCGGUUCGUUAUAGUCCCGCCUGAAGCGACGUGGGGCGUCCUAAAGAUCUCAACGGAGGAUAAAGAAAAGACUGGUAGAUUUUUAAUACAUACUAUGCAGUUAUUGCCUAAGAAGAGCUGCAGGUGUCACGAGACACAGAAGAUGAUCAACGUUACUGCGGAAGCACCGACACUGUUACCCUUCCAAGUUGUUGGCGGUGUAACCCUAGAAGUAGUGAUAGCGAAGUACUGGGCCAACCUCGGCGACCUGGUGGUAUCAUAUACGGUGGAGUUCCACGGUCUGCAGCCGGACUUCGGUUCCAAGUUGGUGGUGAGCGCGGCGGACGGGCUGCGCGCCGUGACGCUGCGCGCGCUGCGCCUGCAGGACGUGCAGCCCAGCGCGCAGCUCAAGUACCUCGAGCCCGCCGUCAGGCCGUCAGAAUCGAAAAUAACCCCGUUAACAGCUCGUGAUGUGAUUCCGCCCAGUCGACAGAUAUAUCAACUAGUCAAUACUUAUAAUUUCCACAUUGCUAAGGCAACAGAGGUGUCGCCUAUUAUAUCGUUACUGUGCGACAUGUUGUACGAGUCUGAGUUCGAGUCCCAAAUGUGGAUGUUGUACAAUAGUUGUAAACAGCUCAUGGCCACCGGCGAUGCUUAUCCUUCUAAGUACUCAGUGAAGCUAGAGAAGGGCGAUUACACUCUGCGCCUGAACGUCCGCCACGACAAUCGCCUUCUGCUGGAGAAGCUGCAGGAGCUGCCCGCCGUCAUACAGCAACGACUGUCCACGCCCAUCACGCUCGAUGUAUACUGCAGUCAGGCACAGGCAUUGACUGGUGGCAAGAAAUACAACUCGGGAUCAUUAGCUAGUGGGAACUUACUACCUCUUUAUUUUGCAGCUUUACCUGCAGACAAAGUGAGCAGGUCGAGCCUGUCGGUGGGCGUGUCGCUGUCGGGGUCGGUGUCGUUCCCCCGCGACGAAGGGGCGCGGCGCGUCAGUUCGCACGCGCUGCAGUACGUGCCGGUGGACUACCCGCGCCGCGCGCCCGCGCCGCGCGACAAGGACAAGCCCAAGCACGAGGACUACAUGGACGCCUACAAGGACUUCACUACCGGCUGGCUCGCCAAACUAGAGGGCGACAAAUUAGAACAGGUUUAUGAAGAGUUAGUGGAGAAGUUCCCAGGUUACUUGGGAGCGCACAUCGCGUAUCUAAACGCGCUCGACUCUCCAACUGAUGCCAAAAAACUACCUCAUGCUAAUGAAGAGCCCGAUGUGACGUCAGCGUGGUGCGAACAGCUUAUUUCUAUUUCUGAAAAGGUAAUAAAGGCUAUUGACCAGGACAAGUUGCUGGCUUACCUCGGCAUGAAGAAUGAUUCUAGGAGUGAUGCCAAUAAGAUUAAGCAGGAGCAGGAGAAGCAGCGCGGGUACCUGGUGGAGGCGCUGUGCCGGCGCGGCACGGCGCUGUGCCGGCUGCGGGCCGCGCCGCGGACCGCCCUGCUGGACAACAUGCACGACCUGCUCAAGUACACCGACCUCACCGACACCAAGGCGAUUCACUACGGUGUAUGGCACUGCUUUACAUUCAAGCAGUGGGGUCGCGCCAUUAAGUUGCUCAUGAAGAUACAGGAGGAACGUCCCUCCAAGGAGGUAGAAGAGAGACUCAUAGAGGCAUACCAACAACUAGGGUGGGACUUCUAUGCCAAGGCCGCGCAAGCCGCUAUCCCUAUCAAAUACCCAGCCAACUAUAGACCAUUUUAAGCAUAUGAUAGUCUGACCAUACACAGGGCAAGUUUCAAUCUGUACUGAUAGAUAAUUAUUAUUAGAAUUACGGGUAAAUAUACUUCCAUUUUGUGAAAAUGAAAAUAUUUAUGAACACUUGUCUCCUCACAGCACAGCUUCCUGUUAAUUUCACUCCUUCCUACUGUCAGAAUUUUGAAUUACUAUUUAACUUACAUUUUCAAAUUACCUUCUUAAGGUCACCAAGGUGCUACAAGGGAUGAUAUUUGAUCAUUUUUCAGUACACAUUGAAACUAUUAAUAUUUAUAAACAAAGUUAUGCUUAAAGUUUAAAGCAGUUUGCUUCGCGAACAUUUGUACCAUGCAACUCGUUGUGGAUUUGGAACAUACUGUUGUUUUAUAUUGCAAGUAUAUUCAUAAGAAAUAAUAUAAAAUAGUAACAGACUCUAAUAUGUACUCCGUUGUGAUUGGAAUACAAUUUUAUAUAAUGUUCAUAGAAAUUUUAUAUGAAGACGCGAAUUGUCAACGAUUGUAUUGUUUUCUUGCAACAAUACAAGUUCAAGAUAAAAUUCUAGACUGUUAAUACUUCCUAGCUAAACUUUUAAUGUUGUUACCUCAAUUAAUUUGUUGUCUUCCCCUGUCUUUCUUAGGAUUCAAUUAAUUAAUUAUUGUUCAUAUGCUAUUUUAAACCAUAUAUCUAUCUAUACUAAUUGUUUACUUGUUAACCAACAUUUUAAACUCCUACAAUGCUUUAAUAAAGUACAUAGACAAGUUGCUUACUCGGCAAGAAGUCGACACUGUUGUUGAAUUGAAUGUUUCCAUCACUAUGACAAUACAUUAUGUCUACAUGAAUCUGUAGAGAAUAUUAGAAACAAUAUAAAUUAUGUUCUUUCAAAGUUUUAGAAUGAAUUGAAAUGUGCACUGCCGGAGUGUUGAUAAAAUAAAUAAAAUAUAAAUAAUAUUAGGAGAUUGUUUUAGUGACAUAAGCUUGGAACGUGGGCAUGUUGCCCAAUGCUUGGCAACCUAGCAUGCUUGAAAGACCAAGGAGUUUUCUAUUAAUUGACUUAGAAACGAGUUACUGAUUCAUUAAAUAAGUAUUAAUUAUAUAAUUUUAUUUUUUAAUUAUGUAAGUUACAUGAAGAUAUCUCAAUAAUGUUAUGAGCCUCAUUUAAUUUUUGCAUUUAAAUGUAUGUGCAUACAGUCCAUUUUUGUAAUGCAAAGCUUUUAUACAUUUUUAUACCAAGUUAAUGUUAAUAAUGAAUAGAAGAUUCCUUAGUCAAAUUGUAUGUUAUCAAUAGUCGGUCGUUUGUGUUAAAUAAGCCAUUUUAUAGUUUUAAUUUUUAACAAAUUAUAAUGACAGGGUGCUCUAUGUUGUGCUCAAAAUAGUUGAAUGAUUAAAUGGACACAUGAAUACAAUGUCAAAUAUAUUUAUAAUUUAUACGCAGAAUGUUACGUGUAUUUAUUUACUGUUACACGAGUAUGCGGGGUAUACAGUCUUACUGAAAUUAAUAUUUAUUAAACAGCGACCGAGAUUAUAGUUCCAGUUCUCGAUAGCUAUUUUAUCGAGCUGACGUGUUUUCUAGUAUGAAUAUAGUAUAGUAACGGUUCUAGUAUAUUAAUAGUACUUACGUUGACAGCUUACAUGUUAUGUCUGUACAUAUUGGGCUAAAUUUUCGUAGUCGAAUAUUAGCCAAUCGGGUACAAACUCCAACACCAAUUUCUAGGCCAAUGGCCAAUAAGAUAGUUAUAACAAUAUAUUGUCUCAAGUACACACAGUUCUAAAUAACCAAAUAAUGCAAUAAUCUAGUUAUAAGUACCACUUUAUAAAAGGGCUUGGUAAACAGUACACGAAGCAAUCAUAAUAAAUAUAUUCGGGUUGAAUUUAAUGAUGUAUUAAUGAAUUUUUACACGAUUUGUAUAUGAAUUUUUAUGUGGCAUAGUUUAAUAUUGAAAUGGUGGGGUGGUGUCAGGAUUUUAAGUACGGUAGACAAGUUUGUGAGCUCAAUUAUUGUACAAUAAACACUUCCAUAGCAUAUUGCGUCAGAGUUCCACAUUGAAUAGACGAAAAAUAUAAUUUAUGAGAUAGAUUUGUCCUUUCCAAACUGUUCAUUUGUCAUCCAUGGUACAUUUCCUGCUAAACAAAGUUGUCUUCCUCGUACCAUCUUCUCGUACCUACUUCCGAAGCUGUUAUAUCUAAACUUAAUAGUAUAAUUCAUAGAUCUUGUUUGUACAAUAUUUGUUAAGUAAAUGACAUAACAAAAGUUUAACUAGUUAAAUAAAUAUUAUGAAAUUGAUUCUAAAAUUUUUAUCAGACGCAAAAUCUACAAUGUUUCAUGAAUUCUCGAUUCUAAUUAUGUGUAUAAGUUUACAAGGAGAUUUUUUUAUUUGUAUUGUACCAAUGAAUUGUAAACUUGUAUCGUCAAUUGUUGGUGCAAAGUUGCGAGUUAGUGAACGCGCUUGUCCUGUGCGACGCGACCCAAGGCCACAGGACUUAUUUUAAUGAAUUUGUUGGAUCUAAGGAUGGAGAAAAUAAAUAUUAUUUGAUCA